UGGCGAAGAAAGAGGAAGAGGGGGGGGAGGUCGCACAGGGAGGCGGUCCCAAACACAAAAAGAGGCCCUGCUGGUUCAAGUGAGGAUAGAGACCGUCCCGAUAUGAACUCAGCGUUACAAAUAGGAGCUGCGCUUUUCCAAGUGGAGCAGAGUGGAGGUGCGCCAUCCUUAAUGUGAAGCCGCGAGGACCCGCAGUGUUACCGAGCGCGAGACUGAUUCCAUUACCGGACACAGAAACGACACUAAACUGAGACUUAUUCACAGGUGGCACUGUUGCUGCAUCCUGAGACCUGAACACAACAGAGCAGAACUCUGAGCACCCAAAGGAGACUUAUCCAUCCCGAACAGAGUGAUGUUUGAGGAGCAGCAGAUGAGGGGGCAGCAGGAAAUGGCCGUGCUCCAUCCUCUUGAAUCCCCUGUGGGUUCAGAUGGAGGCAGUGAUGGAGGUCCGAUGUCCUUCACCGAUGAGGCGGUGUCCAUCCUGACCUCCAGCAGCCUGUUGGCCCGCUCCCUUCUGGGUCGAACCUCGGCUGUCAAACGCAAAGAGAGCCCUUCGUCCAGCCUCCGACGCCAGCGCGAGUUCAUCCCCGUCGACAAGAAGGACGACGGCUACUGGGACAAGAGGAGGAAGAACAACGAGGCGGCGAAGAGGUCGAGGGAGAAACGCCGCGUCAACGACAUGGUUCUGGAGAGCCGAGUUAUGGCUCUGCUGGAGGAAAACGCCCGACUGAGAGCCGAACUUUUGGCGCUGAAGUUUCGCUUCGGCUUAGUCAAAGACCCCUCCAACGCCAACAUCCUACCCCUGAAUACAGCUCCUCACCACACCGUACAAACCUCAAAUCCUCAGUACUUUCUCCACCGAGGAGACGGUUGCUCUUCCUCUCAUCCCAGCAGCCACCUCAGGGCCUCCAGGGAAGCGGGGAACAUGUCGGAGGAUUCUGGUUUCUCCACGCCAGAAGGGUCGAGCGUAGGCAGUCCGAUCUUCUUCGAGGAACACGGGAAGUUAUCCCCUCACAGAGCAGAGGAGCUGGGCUACGACCUCCACCACUCCCCCGCCGAAGUCCACCACAUCGCAGCACCCGUUUUGGGGAGAUUUGAACACGCAGAGACGUUGAAAAACCUUCCUCACAAGCUUCGUUUCAAGACACCCGGAUGUGGGGAUGCGUACGAUUUGGCGGGGGAUCACAGACGGAGCCCCGUACCUCCAACACAAGCCCUGAAAGGACUUAAUGCCGGGGACACAGCAGGGGGUCAUUGGAUUCAGCAGCUGGAGGACGGCAGGAAGGGGAGUCAAUUCAACACCCUCCAGCCUCCUCACACACAACCUGAGGGCCAGUACAAACACGAGAACACACACCUGAAGACGCAGCUGAACUCUCUGAGCGUGGAGGUGGCGCAGCUGAAGAAACUGUUCACAGACCAGCUCAUGGCCAAAGUCAACUGAGGACUGGGAGGGGAGAGACUUUGAAAAGAGAGACUAAUGUUGGCCAAGGGCUGGGCGAUAUGUAGAGAGUAAAAUGCCACAAUAACUUUUUUUUUUAACGAAAAGUCGUAUUAUAUCGAUUUAAAUUUGACAUUUUGCCCAGCCCUAUUCAAACUAUGCUGACUCUUACGAACUUUUAACAUUUUUAAAUACUGUAUUAUAUUGUAAAGAAAGUCUUUAACACAUCUUAUAACCUGCUGUUUAACUUCUUAAUGUCACCGAUAAAUGUCUUAUAUCUGUAGUAGUGUUUAAUAGUUUCUCUAUUCCAUACACUGUGAUGACUCCAAACAUAAAACUGUUUACAUCACAUCAUUGCGUCACGUUAUGAAGACACACAUUCACUUCAACUGGACGUCAUCCAAAACUCAGCUCGAUGGACGGAGGGAGUGUUUGCUUCGAUGGUUUUCUGUAAACACAAGCAGAGACAGACAGUAAACACACAGAAAUAAAAAUAUGAGCUGCCAAAACCUCCUCUAAGGAAGGUUUGUUCUGACCAAACAUUCAUUUUCCUCCUCACUUCUCAUGUGUCACACAGAAAGACACCGUGCUGUUUUGAUGUUUCUUGUCUCACUUAUUUCUCUGUUUCAAUACGUCCACACUGCCAUGUCGACUGUGCCGAGGUGAUUUAAUGUCUGCUGUCUUUCUGUACAUUUUCAUAUUAAAAUAAAAUACAUUUGACAGACA